AUGGCUUCAACGUCUUCGUCGGUGCCCCCCUCUUCCAGCACGGAAAGACCAGCCGGAAGAGAGCCCAGUACGAGGAAGAACUACAAAAUCCAUGGCAGCUUUCUCCGUGCUCGCAGUGAAAUUGGCAGCAAGGAGUAUUGGGCAAAGCUCCAGAUGGUGCUCAGGAGCUACUACUUGGCCAACUUCAUGGCCGCAGUGGUCCUGUUUGAUGCAUACUGCACUUGUAUAGAUAUUGAUGCAACUGCAGCCGGUGAGGAGCCCCCACAGCUCUUUGCCUUCCUCUCGGACUGUUGCCUCGUGGCUUACACUCUGGAGGUGGCAAGUUUGCUGGUGGCAUUUGGGGCCAAGGAUUUGCUUAGCGAUUGGAUGAUGGUGGUGGACGUCAUCAUUGUCGGCUGCGGUUGGGCUGAGAUCAUCAUCUCAUCGGCUGCUGGAAACUUCGGCUUCCGAACUGCCGUGCUGCGUGCGCUGCGGCUGGUGAGGAUCUUCAGGCUCAUACGGCUGUUGAAGAAGAUCCGCCCACUGCGGGAGCUGCACAAGCUGGUGAUGAUGAUGGCCACGUGUUUCAGGACACUGCUGUGGUCAUUUCUGUUAUGUUUUCUGGUGAUGACCGUCUGGGCCAUGUUAAUGGUGGAAACUGUGAAUCCCUUCGUGCGGGACAUGCACGCCACUCAGGGCGUUUUUGAGGAUUGCCUGCAAUGUAGACGAGCAACAUCUUCGGUCAUGGAUGCAAACUUAUUGCUUUUCAAGACGGUUAUUGCUGGUGACAGCUGGGGCGAGGUUGCGGUGCCAGUAAUUCAGGCACAUCCAGCAACUGCCUUCAUCUUCGUCGGCUCUCAGCUGACCUUGGUAUUUGGAGUUCUGAAUCUCAUCGUUGCAGUUGUCGUUGACACCUUUGCAGAUGCCCGUCUCAACGAUGUCCAAACCUUGGCGGAGGAGAUGGAGGAUGAGAUUGACUUCGACAGAAAGUCCCUGGCGAAGAUUUUCGGCAGAAUCGACAAGGAUGGAAGUGGACAGCUAUCUUUGCAGGAACUCAUCGAAGGAGCCCGUAGCGAUCAAGAUUUUCAAAGCCGCCUCCGCGUCAUGGAUAUCGACGAGCAAGAUUUGGAGCAGCUCUUCCACAUGAUCGACCAAGAUCAGUCUGGAACUAUCGAGGUGUCAGAGUUCAUCGGCCCCCUGUCCCGGUGGGCACAUGACUCCAAGACGGCCCCCCGCUUCAUCAAGUAUAACAUGCUCCAGGCAAUGCACCUCCAGGAAGAUCUGUACAAUCUUGCCGUGGGGUCCUUCCAGCAGCUGGCAGCCAGGAUAGAGGACUUGUCUUCUCAAAUCCAGGUGUUGAAGCAUGGAGACCUUUCCUUUGCAGUGGCCCAGACGUCAGAACCCGAAGGAUCUCAACCAGAUGUCAGUAAGUCGGACAUGUUGACCUCCGAGAUUCAUGCGCAAGGCGGCCAGGAGAGUCAAGCCAGUGGCGUAGAUGGGCAAAGGAUGAGAGCGAACAUCGAAGCCAUGCUUGAGUCUGCGAUGUCCAGACUUGAAACCAAGUUGGAGAUCAUGCUUGGUGACGAUCACAUGAGGCCGAGAGAUCUGUUGCACAUAGGAUCCCCACAUGAUGAGGUUCGAGCGAGGCACCGGACGGGCAAGAAGAUGCUCCACCCGGAAGCCUUCCGCAGCAUGUACCUGAAUCAUAGCCGCCCAGUUUCCUCGAUCGCCGGUGCAGAUUCCGGCGAGAGGAGCAGGAAGGUCUACUUCGGAGAGAGCGCUUCUCCCAUGUUAAUUUCUGAACAGCUCGGUCCUUUGUCGUCAACAGAUGCUGCUGCUCAUUUACAUGCAGCUGGCAGGUCUGCGGACACUUUUAAAGCGUUUGGCGCUAACAUCUCACCUGUACAGACUGUAAAGAUGUAA